AUGACAGCCAUGAAAAGAGGAAGAGAAGAUAAUGGACAAGUGGAAGCAGAAGCUAUGGCUAAUUGCGCCUUAAUGCUUUUGUCGCGUUUAAACAACGAUAAUGAUUUUGAAUGUAAGACUUGUAAUAAACGAUUUUCAUCUUUUCAAGCUCUUGGUGGACACCGUGCAAGUCAUAAUAAACGGUCAAGAUUACUAGGAGAGUUUCUUGUUCAAACCAACACAAAGAAUAAGAUGCAUAAAUGUUCUAUUUGUGGCAUGGAGUUUUCUUUGGGUCAAGCAUUAGGCGGACAUAUGAGGCGUCACCGUGAUGAAAUUAAUAAAAUUACACCCGAAAAGACUAUGAUUCCAAUUUUGAAGAAGUCAAAUAGCAGCAAGAGGAUUAAUAUUUUUGGGUUGAACUUAAACAUAACACCUGAUGAUGAUGACAAUGUUGAUGAUGUGAAGUUAUGGCCCAUCGAAGAGGCUCCAUCGCCCGUCUUGCGAAUAUUUAUUUAA